UACAGACUCUGCUCUGUUUGUCACAGUGACAACCUGAACGAAGCGAAAGGUAGUAACAGUGGUUACACAUUAAAGAGACAUCUACAUAUAAACGCAAACGUAGAGAAUCCCUGAAAAGUAUCCUAGCACUGGAUUAAAGACGCAUUCAAACCAUUGCACCAGUUUCAAGAAAUGGCUGAAAGCAACGCUGACCAAGCCAAUGAUAUGAAACAUGACAGCGCAGAUUCCCCUGGUGUCUCAGACCAAGAGAAGGAGAUGGCAACGAAUGCUUUUGAAGCAUUUACGGCUGGCAACUAUGAUGAGUCCCUGAAACAACUGGAAAGUCUUCAAGAAUUGAACAAGGAAGACUAUAAAAUUGCCAUGAACAAAGCUGUUGCUGAGUUUUACAAAACUGGGCAGGCAACAACAGGCACUUUGAAGCAGAUAUUAAUGACAAUAAAAAAUCAGGUCCAUUCUGCGGUGGAGGACAUUGAUGGUUUAGAUGAUGUAGAAAACAGCAUCCUCUAUUACAACCAAGCCAUCAUUCACUACCAUAUGCGGCAGUACUCAGAAGCCAUAUCUAUUGGAGAGAAGCUCUACCAGUUCCUGGAGCCUUUUGAAGAGAAGUUUGCUCAGGCGGUGUGCUUCCUGCUGGUGGACCUUUACUUGCUCACCUUCCAGCCAGAGAAAGCACUGCAUCUCCUUACCAUGCUGGAGAAACUCUCAGUACAAGGCAGCAGCAAGAAUGGAAAAGGAGACGGUAACAACAGCACAGCCAAAGAAUCUGCUGCUCAAAAAGCUGAGUUUGCUGCCAUGAUCGAGGCAGCCAAGUCUCGGAUACACCAUUAUAAAGUGCGGGCCUACAUUCAGAUGAAGUCCCUGAAGGCCUGUAAAAGGGAGAUCAAGUCUGUUAUGAACACAGCUGGAAAUUCUGCGCCUUCCCUCUUCCUGAAGAGUAAUUUUGAGUAUCUGAGAGGAAACUACCGUAAAGCAGUGAAACUGCUUAACAGCUCCAAUAUUGCUGAGCAUCCUGGACCUCUUAAAACAGGUGAAUGUGUGCGCUGCAUGUUCUGGAAUAAUUUGGGUUGUAUCCACUUUGCCAUGGGGAAACACAACCUGGGAAUCUUUUACUUUAAGAAAGCCCUUCAGGAAAAUGACCACACAUGUGCACAGCUAGGAGAUGGCAAGAAUGGCCAGGCUAAGAAGUUCACUGGUAUACCUAUGUGUGCUCUCCUGGCGAAUAAGCGAUAUGAGCUGCUCUAUAAUUGUGGCAUUCAGCUGCUGCACAUUGGUCGACCGCUGGCAGCCUUUGAGUGUCUGAUGGAGGCAGUGCAGGUGUACCACUCAAACCCGCGUCUCUGGCUACGUCUCGCUGAGUGCUGCAUCGCUGCCAACAAAGGGAGUUCUGAGCAGGAAACCAAAGGCCUGCCUAGUAAAAAGGGGAUAGUUCAGUCCAUUGUAGGCCAAGGAUAUCAUCGCAAGAUUGUCUUAGCAUCACAGUCUACACAGAACACAACCUACAGUGAGGGUCAGUCGGCAGCGAUCCCUGUAGCCAGUAUGGAGUUUGCGGCGAUCUGUUUGAGGAACGCCCUGCUCCUUCUGCCAGAGCACCAGCAACAUGAGAGCAAACCAGACAACGGCUCAAAGAGCUCCAGCCAAUCAGGCAGCACAGAGAGCGGCAGUGAGAACAGUGAUGCCUGCAGCGGAAAGGGCCAGGAGGGAGACAAGUUCAUUCCUGCUGCCCCUUCAUCACCUCUCAGAAAACAGGAAGUUGAGAACCUCAGGUGCUGUAUUUUAGCCUGUAGUGCAUAUGUGGCUCUGGCCCUUGGGGACAACCUAAUGGCACUUAACCAUGCAGAUAAGCUCCUACAUCAACCCAAGCUGUCAGGGUCCCUCAAGUUCCUGGGUCAUCUGUAUGCUGCUGAAGCUCUAAUCUCUCUGGACCGAAUUUCUGAUGCUAUCGCUCACCUCAACCCAGAGAAUGUUACUGAUGUAUCACUAGGAGUUUCACCCAGUGAGCAAGACCAAGGUUCAGAUAAAGGGGAUCUAGAGCCAGUUGAGACCUCAGGGAAGCAAACUCCUCUGUGUUACCCCAGUACUGUCAGCUCUGCAAGGGCCAUGAUGCUUUUCAAUUUGGGCAGUGCUUACUGUCUGCGGAGUGAAUAUGAGAAAGCACGCAAGUGCCUUCAUCAGGCAGCUUCCAUGGUCAAUCCAAAGGAGAUUCCCCCAGAGGCUAUUCUGUUGGGUGUCUACCUAGAGCUGCAAAAUGGUAACACACAGCUGGCUCUCCAGAUCAUCAAACGGAACCAGUUACUUCCAUCAGUCAAGCCCUCGUCCUCUCCAGACCUGCGCAAGAAGCCUCCGCCUUUCCAGCCAGGCCAGCCCGUUCAGCCCAUAAAGAUGCCCUCUUCCUUCACACAAGUGCAGCGCAAAUGAUGUACACACUCCCUCCCGAGUGUCAUACACCUUUUUAACACUCUUACUAUUUAUGAGCCUGGAGCAGUUUGGUGAAACAGGCCAGAUAAAGGGAUUGAUAGGGAGGGCUGAUGGAAGGAAAAUGGAGGUUGGGAAGAAUUCAUCUCUAACCACUGGAGAGGAGUUGGUUUUUGAGAACUUGUCAUCUAUUAAAACUAUAUUGACAUCUUCUGGAGGCUAUGAAAUCCUAAAUAAAUUUUAUUUACACUAA